CAGGAGCUCGCACAGGCCACGGCAGCCCAGCAGAGCUCGCGAGCAGCAAGAGUGCAUCCAGCAUGGCUCCCAGAGACACCGGGAAAGGGAGCAAGUCGCGCGCGCCGCAAAAAAAGCAAUCACAGGGCUCACCAUCAACCAUGCCCUCUGAAGCCGUGAUCGAUGCGCAGCUCUCCCUGGCUUUUGACAUCAUGGCCGCGACGAGGGCCUGCGCCGCGGCACGGGCUGCUGCGCGCAAGAGUAAGGCGACUCCGACUGUUCGCAUCUUGAAACGCUCGGAGGACGCAACUGCCGCGGCGCCCGCGGCGGCGGCGCCCGCGGCCGCGGAGGCGCCAGCGGCAAAGAAGAAGAAGAAGUCGAAGCAGGCCUGCCGGUUCUUCGCGAAAGGAAAAUGUCGCAACGGCGACGCAUGCCCGUUCCGUCACGUCGCCGAUGCUCCGAAGGCGUCGGGCGAGGCACCACGGGAACCGGCGGCGCAGAAGACGCAGAAGGCUCGCAAGGCGAAGGAGCGGCCUGUCGUAAAGGCGCCCGAGGCGGCGCCGCGCGAACCGCCGCCCGCCGCCGAGCCGGCAGGUAGAGGCGCCGAGGAGGCCAAGGCCGCCACACCAGAGCCGCCGCUCACCCCGGCGGUGGAGAAAGAGGCCGCCCCGCCACCACCGCCGCCGCCCGCGCCGCCGCCGCCCGCCGCCGCACCGCCGCCACCACCGCAAGAGGAGACCCCCUGGACCGCCGCCGACCAGGCGCUCCUGGACAAGGCGCUGGCCGAGGUCCCGCGCGACCUGCCCAAGAAGGACCGGUGGCAGCGCAUAGCGGCGCAGGUGCCGGGCCGGAGCGCGCGGCAGUGCGCGGAGCGCUACAAGUUCAUCCGGAGUAAGUUGUGA